AUUUUCUCAAGGGAUAUGGCGUAUUUCUCCUUGAUUCAUUCACACCUUGCUUUAAUUCUUUAUUUAAGGCAGACUUUAUUUUUAAAUCAGGUAGUGAUAAAAAUUCAGCUCUCGGCAUACAGAAGCACAGCAGAUUUUUCUUCCCACGUUUCACCACUAUUUAAGUCGACUCCGUUCAGACCUAAACUCUUGCUGUCUCUCUCACCACAUUUCCUGUUUAUAACUGAACAAAGUACACACCAAAGAGUUGAAGAAACAGAGGAGAGGAGAAAACACCCAAGUGCUGAUAAAGAUGUAUGUCGGUGCUAUGCUGUUUCUAACAUAACAGAGCAACGGCAUUUAGAAAAAAAAAAAAAGCUGGUAGGAGAAUUCGUAGUCUGUCCUUCUUCUGUUUCAUGGCUGCACACGGGCGCUUCUGAAAAGAACCAUGUCAGGAAUCUCCGGAUGCCCCUUUUUCCUCUGGGGACUUCUAGCCUUCUUUGGUUUGGCUCUGGUUAUAUCGUUAAUCUUCAAUAUUUCCCACUAUGUAGAGAAGCAGCAACAAGAUAAAAUGUACAGAUACUCUGAUGACUACAUUCCAAGAGCUGAAGAAUAUUAUGUUGAAGAUACUCCAAUUUAUGGUAACUUAGAAAAUAUAAUCCCAGAAGCAAUGGAUGAGGACUGCUAUGAGCAAAUGAAAGCUCGACCACAAAGGUCUGCAAGUGAUAUGCAAGAAGCCACCACAUCUGGACAGGGACGUGCUGAAGAUCAGAUGUGCUACGCCACACUGGAUCACAGCUUCAAGGGGAAACGCAGAAGGCCCAGGAAACAGAACACUCAUUUGUUAGAAAGGGAGAAGGAUGCACAAGUGUGUGCAAUGGAUACCAACAUUUCUCAGGUCAAUUUGGUAGAAAGUUCCCCACCCGAUAACCAGGCAGUCGAGGAAAGUGUUCAUGACGACCCUGCAAGACUGUUUGGAUUAAUCCGUGCCAAGAGAGAGCCUGUAAUCUAGCUGGAUGAUGAUCCAGCUCAGUGAUAAGCACCCUAUCAGAGAUGGUUAAGAAAACAAGAGGGCUGGCAGGACGGUCUGCUCAUUUGUCGAUGGGAUGGUAGCUUCCUUUUUCUUCAGAGAUUGCGUCUCCACACACUAAAUCUAGUGCCAUUAAAUUUAGCUAUAUGAAUUCAGUUAAAAAAUAGCCAAGUAGGAAAAGUAAAAUAAUAAAAUCCAGUUUGCAAAUUAAGUUACUUGAUAACAAAGCCAAAAUGGAUAGCAAUACCUAGGAAAUUUUUUAAAAUCUAAAGUAAUAUGUGCUCUAGGAUAUAUCAAUUGAAAGAUAAAAGUCAAUGUCUUAAAAUAUUAAUCAAUUGAACAUUUCCUCUUUCAUCAAUGUGAAUAAAUAAUUAGAAAUUUCAUAUGAAAGUACAUUGCCAAGAAAAGUAGAAUAAUCUUGAGGAGUAUUUUUCCAAAAUGUAAAUAGCAUAAUUAGUUUAAAAUUUGUUAUAAAAGUUCCAUGUUCCUUAGAACAAUAAAAAAGAACUUAGAAAUUCUA